AUGCCACCAAUGCACGACAUGCUCGCACCCGAACUCAUCUCCAUGAUUCUCUCCUUGCUCCAUCGCGAAGACCUCCUCCACACGAGCCUCGUAUCGCGAUCGUUCAGGGCACUGUCCGCACGCUUCCUCUAUGCGGCGCUCGUAUUCAGGGGUCCCCCUGCGUACGCGUUCGACAUCGAUGACGAGAAUGAUUUAGGGGAAAGCGUCGGCGAUCAACGAAGAGCACGAAUCGAGCAGCUUUUGACUGCCUUCACUCCUGUUGGGGAGAGCACCCAACUCGGCACGCCCGGUCGGAAUGACGCGACGUACUGGCAGUCCGACGUCGAGCCUUCCGCGUGGAUUCGUUCGAUCCAAGUUGUCGACUAUUUCAAGCUGUCCCGACAGUGGCUUGAUCUAGCUCGUCUGGUCAAGACGGCGACCGCGUUGAAGCACGUCAUCAUGGUCAGUCUAGAUUUCGCCGUCCUUCAUUUCGUUGCCCCCGUCCCCGCCCCCACACGACCGAAUCGGAUCACCGGAUCCGUAAUGGUAGUCGAGAAGCGUAAGCUGAUUCGUGUCUCGGGGGAACCUCAGAAGACAAAUCGCGAAAGUCGCACGGACAACGACGAUCUGCUGCUCAACCAUUGGUAUGACUCGGAGAUCUAUCACUUCUGGACUGAAUUGCAGCGGUCCGAGAGCCUCAACGCUUUGACUUUAAUAUUGGGUCCUUCGAUCCCACUCGGUCUCGACCAAUUUCGCAAUCUCACCCACUUGUCGAUCAAGAGCUACAGUAUCGAUGGCGUCGAGGAUGGCGUCCUUCCUUUGACUCUGACGCACUUGUCGUUGGAAUACGUCCACGACAUCGACGACUCCUUCCUUCAUCCGGCACUCUUUGCGAACCUGUGCUCUUUGUCGCUCAAGGAUAUCCCGCGCGAGGCGUGGGUCAUCAUUACCAAAGCGAUCAAAGUAGGCAUCCGAUUCCCAUCCAUUCCUUGCUUGUUCUCUGAUCACUAACAUCGGAUCUAAUGCGUGCAUAGUCCUUUGCGUCGCAAACCCCACGCCCGUCGUCCUCUCUUCGAAAAUUGGUCAUGGACCCCUUUCCCCACGGCUUCGCCUGUCUGACAGUUCAUACCUGGAUGCCCACCCUCUCGCAUCUCUUCCUUGCUCUCUCUUCGCCGACCUAUUCCGCCCUCGUCGAUCUUGAGAUCCUCUCAACCUCCUCUUCUUCGAGAGAGUAUAUCCUCGAUGCCAGAACGCUGCUCCAAACCCUGGGACAGUUGCUCCCUCAUCUCGAGCGCUUGAUCUACAGGGUCGGAGCGGGGGACGUGUUCAUCGAUGCGUACGAUGGGACUGCCCCUCAUACAUCGUCGGCGAUGACUUGUCAUGCGGAUCAUACGCUCUGGUUGGCCUCCUUCGCAGAGUUCAAGGCGCUGCGAUCGUUGACACAGUACGUUUCACCUCUCUUAUCUUCUCAGCUUCCCGAACCCUUCUCGUUACAAAUGUGACCUCCCUACUAACCAUUUCCUGCACGGCCAACCCUUCAUUCAUGUCCUAAAGUAAUCUCCUCCUACCAAACCCCAGCGCGAUCCGCGUCGCAUGCCGCGAGACCUUCACCCGCAUGCCGACGCUCAACACUUUCUCCAUCCGCACCGGUACGAAGAAAGCCUUCGAUUUCAGCAGAAUGGUACCAAACGAGGAUGGCACACCAGAGGAAGGUACCAGUGGAUGCAAGGUCAGGACGGUGAUUCAUUAUGGAUCACUGGGGAUGACGGAGGUGGAGGCGAGGAGACGAUGGCCCGAGGCCAAGGUGGUAUGA